AUGAUUCGAUUGGACGUCCUUCGUCUCAAGAGGAAAGGUCGACAGUCAGUGGUUUCUGAAAAGGUGGUUAUUCCUGGUUUUCUGAAGAGCGCUGUCGAUAUUGUAAAGUCCUUUAACAAGGCGGGUAAUUCACGAAUUCUUAGUCCACGGUUGGUACCAUUGCUUCCUGACAAGGCUUCGUCUAAUGGUUUUCUUUCACCAGCUCUUUUUCCACUAUACAAGGAUGACACAGAACCUCAGAUCCUACCGAUACCAAAAGUGAUAAUGGAGCUGUCUGGAGCACGUGAGACCGUAGAAAAUGCGAUGAAGGUGUUGGAUAACUUGAGCGCACUUGGAGUCGGGGAAGAGUUAUUGAGAGUCAGCGAUGAGAUUUCCGAUAGCUUCGAAAGUCUUCGCUCGUCAUUUAGCAAUGAUCAGUCGGACGAUCUGAAGCAAAGAGGAUUCACAUUCAUGAGAGUCGACCAAAUGAAGAAACUGCAUAAAGAACAAGGACUCAAGGAGCCACAAAUCGAUGCGCAGACUGAGAAAUACGGUAGAUUAUCAAAGAGCGAACGAGAGAAGGCUCUCUGGGAAACCAUCGCCGAAAUAGCCGGGCUACGACAUCGGCGGUCAAAACGGCAAAUUCGACCAGUAACCGUCCUAUCUCCUUUAGUGCUCAGUCCGUAUCAGUUUGCUCCAGUGUUUGGUUUUACGAUACUUGGGCCAGUGGUGUUAUCGCCAAACAUCUUUUCACCACUUAUUCUUAAUCCGUCGGUGCUAGGGCCUUGGGUUCUUUCACCAUCGUUUCCGUUACCGUUUAUUCUUUCACCGUAUCUUCUUUCUCCGUAUGUUCUUUCUCCACUUGUCAUGGCUCCGUUUGUUCUGUCACCAUACGUUCUAUCACCAAAUGUGAUUAAUCCCUACGUGCUAUCACCAGUGAUACUUAGCCCCACGGUGCUGUGUCCGGAUGUUUUGUCACCAAUGGUACUAAGUGGCCCGAUUUUGUCGCCAUCUGUUCUCUCACCAGGAGUGCUGUCAAAAAGUUUUGUAAUGGCAAGUGUACUUUCACCAACACUGCUAUCGUAA